AUGGACUCCGUCGAGCCCGACCAGACCCCCUUUGAGGCCGUGACUGCACAGACCUCACGGCUGCAGCGACACUACCAAGCACUGCUUGACCAGUCAACACCGUACGUCACGUACCGGUGGGUCGGCACAGGCGUCUUCCUUUUCCUCUUCUUCCUCCGCAUUCUCCUCGCCCAAGGAUGGUACAUUGUCGCAUACGCCCUGGGCAUCUACCUGCUCAACCUCUUUCUUGCUUUUCUCCAGCCCAAGUUCGAUCCCUCCAAUGAGGCCCUCGACAGCGAGAUGGAAGACGGUGCGGCUAGCGGCCUGCCGACCAAACAAGACGAGGAGUUCCGUCCCUUUAUUCGCCGCCUGCCCGAAUUCAAGUUCUGGCACUCUGCCACUCGUGCCAUUGCCAUCUCCCUGACAUGCAGCUUCUUCACCUUCUUCGACGUGCCCGUCUUCUGGCCUGUUCUGGUUAUGUACUGGAUCAUCCUCUUCGUCCUCACUAUGCGAAAACAAAUCCAGCACAUGAUCAAGUAUCGCUAUGUUCCCUUCUCCUUUGGCAAGGCACGCUACGGCAAGACCAGCACCCUGUAA